CUGACAGGUUGCCGGUCACGCGGGUCACGUGACUCGACAGGAAGCGCAGCGAUGGAGAAAAGCUAAGGAAGGGCCUGCCUGGCACUGGGUUCCUCUUCACUUACAGUGCUUGAGGAAUGGCAGCAGUUUGGCAGCAGGUGUUGGCCGUGGACGCAAGGUACAAUGCUUACCGCACGCCUACCUUCCCACAGUUCCGAACUCAGUACAUCCGCCGACGCAGCCAGCUGCUCAGGGAGAACGCCAAGUGUGGCUUUGAGCCGGGGCUGCGCAGGCAGUACCUGAGGCUGCGCAGCCAGCUGCUGGCCCUGCGCUACGGGCCCCUGUCUGAGCAGAGCAGCUUCAGGGCCAGCAGUGUGCGCAGCUCCCGCACCACACUGGACCGCAUGGAGGACUUUGAGGAGGACCCCCGCGCCCAGGGUGCUCGUGGUCAUCGCCGUUCUGUCAGCAGAGGCUCCUACCAGCUACAGGCCCAGAUGAACAGGGCCGUCUACGAUGAGAGGCCUCCGGGCAGUCUGGUUCCCACUUCAGUGGCAGAAGCCAGUCGUGCCAUGGCAGGGGACACAACACUUAGUGAAAAUUAUGCCUUUGCUGGCAUGCAUCACAUAUUUGACCAGCAUGUUGACUCUGCUGUUCCACGCUUACAGUUUGCCAAUGAUGACAAGCACCUCCUCGCCUGCUGCUCAUUGGACGGCACCCUCUCCAUUAUGACGCUGUCCCCACCUCCUCCCAGCGUGAAGGUGACCCUGAAAGGACACGGAGGUCCCGUCACAGACUUUGCAUGGUCUUUAAGCAAUGACAUCAUUGUGUCAACAUCACUCGAUGGCACUCUGCGUAUUUGGAACACAGAGGACGGUCGAUGCAUCCGAGAGGUCAGAGACCCAGAAUCCAGCGAGCUGCUCUGCUGCACCUUCCAGCCCAUGAAUAAUAAUCUCACUGUGGUGGGAAACAGCAAGAACCUCCUGCAGGUGGUAAACAUCUCCACUGGGAAGAAGGUGAAGGGGGGUUCCAGUAAGCUGACGGGCCGCGUGCUGUCUCUCUCCUUUGAUGCUCCGGGGAAGAUCCUCUGGGCUGGAGAUGACAGGGGCUGCAUCUUCUCCUUCCUCUUUGAUAUGGCAACAGGGAAGCUGACCAAAGCCAAGCGCCUGGUGGUGAGUGAAGGCAGCUCCAUCUGCAGCAUCUCUGCUCGCUCCUGGAUCAGCCGCGAGGCCAGAGACCCCUCCCUGCUGGUCAACGCCUGCGUCAAUAAGCUGCUGCUGUACAGGGUGGUAGACAACGAAGGCGCACUACAACUGAAGAAAAGCUUCCCCAUCCAGCAAGGAUCUCAGUACGUUCACAGCAUCUUCUGCCCCCUCAUGUCCUUCAGACAAGGGGCCUGUGUGGUCACUGGCAGUGAGGAUGGCUGCGUCUACUUCUUUGACGUGGAACGCAACACCAAGGCCAUCGUGAACAAGUUGCAGGGUCACGGGGGACCAGUCCUGGACGUGAGUUUCAACUGUGACGAGAGUCUGCUGGCGUCUGCCGAUUCCACCGGCAUGGUUAUCGUCUGGAGGCGGGAGCAGAAGUGACUGAGUCACCGGGCGACAGCUUCCAUCCGCUGCGUGUGAAAGGCCUGCUGUUCUUUAACCGUCCAAAUAACAAUCUGUCGAUUUUCACUGGAAUGAAACAGGCUGCAUUUAACGUUUAAUGACAUUCAAGUGCAAUCAAAUGGAAUGCCAUCCUGUGUCGGUGAUAGAGUUGUCUUAGAAAUAUUUUGGGUGGGAGGUGGGUUGUUUCUUUGUACGUGUGUCUGUCAGUACUCCUCCAGCUUCAUCUGAGAAAUAGCUUUCCAGUAAAGACAGAGUGCUACUACCAUGCAUGUGUCAUGGCUUACCUCCAGCCUGUGUGGAUGUGACUGAAUGCACACGAAGAGGAUGCAACAUAAUCUUACUGCAAAAGCAACACUUUGUAUCACACUGACGUUCCCUCUGGCAUAGAUCUAGUUCACUAUUUAUGUAACUGUUAUUCAAGCAGUGUAAUGAAGUGUAGUAAAACAGCCUUGUUUGCUCUCAGUUGCCUGUUUGCGUUUGAGACCAUGUGCAUGAAGCUGAAAUCAGAAUCAGUCAGUAGGUCUAACAAAUCAGUCUCCGCUAAAGAUAAGUGUGUUUAUAACUAUGUUUGUACUUGUGUGUGUACUCCAUUAAUAUUGGUUGCAGUCAUAAUUUAUUUAACACACAAUAAAUUGCUGUAAUAA